AUGGACGACCAAGCAUCCAAGGUGCAGCGAGAGAAUUGGGAUUGGGCUCUUGGAAGAGUCUAUGACAUACCUCCGGAUUCGCAGGAUGCUAGCACCUCGACCGAUGGCGCCGGCACGAGUACACAUGUGCGAAAGGUGGGAUUAGCGAGCACGCAUGGCGGUGCAGCUAGUGCUGGGGUAGCAGCUGGGUCACGGGAGGCUCAGCAGCUCAACGGCCAAUCGGGCGGAAGCAGCCAAAUCCUCAGGGAAGAGCAAAGUCGCAUGCGAGUCGCUGAAUAUUCUACCCUGAAGCAUCACGCUUCUCUGCAUGCCGCACUCGAACCUCUGCAGAAGGUGCCAUCGCAGCUUGUUGAUCUGAGAUCGGAGCAGGUGGACGCGGCGGCAGCGGCAACUACGCAGAGGUCCCAUCUGCUCAGAGCUGAGCGAAAGCUUGAAGAGGUGAAAGCGAGAGCAAAGAGAGGUUUCUUGAGAAAGCUCAGAGGUCCUUCGCAUGCUGUGAAGUUGGAAUUAGAGCUGUCUGAGAGAGAAUAUCGUCAAUUAAAGGGAAAUUUGCAAGACAUGGAAGCUCGCAUACACUCGCUCAAAAGCGAUGAAGAUGCUGUGAUGAAGCUUGAGCAGAGGCGCCUCUUGCUCAUCACUGAGAUCGAUGCCAUCAAUGACGCGAUCUUCAUCGGCACGACGCUAGGCUGGCCUGAACAAGACGUCGCCGAAACGAGAUAUCUUGUGCUCAGAGUGGCUUCAGAUCUGCUCAGAUCGGAGCUGCCCCGAGAGGCGCGAGCGAGAACAAAGCUAGCUCAAGCUCAAGCGACGUGCGCUGAGCUCGUCAAGGAGCUUCAGGGUGCCCUUCAACAUGGCAUAGAUCUCGGCGUUGCUUCAAACACCAAGUACACGAAGCAGAUCGGCAGAGGUAGUUCAGCGAUCGCAACGGCUCGAGGAAUGGAGCCUCGGGUGAGAACUGCAAAGACGCUCAGUGGAAGAAUGUACGAGAGGGGUGCAGAAGCUAGAUCGAUCCAGGCGGAAAUCAGGCCCAUCGGCAAGCUAGAGAUCGUAGAGCUGUACAAGCUUCCCGGCAGAAAACACAAGGGCGCCUUGUCAGAGACUGACCUUUACCAUUCUGUCGAAGCUUCUUAUGCUCAAGCCAGACACUGUGCGCAGCACAUGGUGUACAGUCUUCGCGCCUCGCGUGCGCGCGAGAAGCAAGCUCGAGCACUUUUGCGUUCCUUGGACGCAGAGACGUGCGAAGCAUGCGACUCGUUGAGGGAAGUGAGGAGAAGCAUCGUUCGUUCGGUGCUCGACGCAUCUUCGCGUUCUAGCUCCGCCACGUUGGUUUCCGUCCAGCGCUCGGAAGAAGAGGAUGUCGAGAGUAGGUUGCAGAUAGAGAUUGGAGCUAGAGCAAGAUUGAGAGCUAUCCUUCUUGAGUGUGCAGAGGCUGGCAGAGCUGUGGAUGCCCCGCCCGAGGACGAGGAUGGUGCCGGUUGGGAGCUGCUCACUUGAUUCGGUGUCCAGGAUUGGUAUUAGCUGCUCCAGCCCUCGACAAAU